AUGCCGUUAAAUACUACCAUAGCCCUAACGUUGCUGCUGUCAUCCAAUGCCUCUAAAAUGGCCAACGAAACUACAGUUGCAUCACCACAGAUGGUGGACAAUAGAUUUGUUUUUAAAAUUGUGCAGAACCUUCAACAGUUGUAUGAGUUUAGGAAUUUUGUGUUUUUCAUUUCUCCCCGAUUGGCCAUUGAGAGUGAAAUUGCCGACGAUUUUUUACAAGGAUUUUGGAAAAUGUUUCCCUUUAUUCCCACUGUAAUGAUGCUGAACAACAAAGAGUCUAUGAGGGGAUUUCUGGGCACUUCAUCACUGUGUAUGGUACUGACAACACAUCUUGAAGAUCCUAUCAUGGAGGUGGCUGCUUUGUCUAUGAAGGGUGUGCGUUUACUCAAGACCAUAUUUAUUCUAUUUCCCCAAAAACUAGAAAAAGCAAAAGCUGCGAAAGCUGCGAAAGCUACUGAUCCUUUUCAAGAGCAUAAAUUCUUCGAAGACCUUGGGGUGUUAUAUCACUGGAUAUGGAAGAAACAAUUCAUCAAUACUCUGCUCAUAACCAUUCACAAUAAUGUCUUCAUUCAGGAACCCUAUCCCUUGCGCAAGUUGGUAAACAUCACCAACAACUGGAAUGUCCAUAGUUUCUUUGUCAACUAUCGUGACAACUUUAAAGGAUAUGUCAUACGUACACCUUUGCGUCAUGACUUGCCAAGGAUAUUUUACAUGACGCGACUACCGAAUGGCAGCAAACGUACACAUCGUGUGAGUGGGGUUUCCGGCAAAUUGUUCAUGGCCUUUUUGGGUCACAUCAAUGCAACCUUUGAUGAAUACUACAAAGAUGGCAAGGAAACUGAGCCGGUUCAGCUGGCGAAAAUCAUAGAAAUGGUGGAGAGCGGUGAAUUGGACAUCAGUCUACAUUCCUAUACGGACAUGCUAAAGUCAACUGCCGGCAAUAGCUAUCCCAUCGGCAUCAAUGACUGGUGUUUCAUGGUACCCUUUCGAAAUCAGUCCCCGGAACAUCUUUACCUGCAGAAAAGUUUUCAGAGCUACACCUGGUUGCUGAUAUGCUUUAGCGUCCUCUAUAUUGCAAUUGGAAUUUGGCUUUGUACUCCUCAAGAUCAGCACAACUUAAGUUUAGCCUUUUUACAAGCCAUAAGCUCCAUGCUUUUGAUUAUGCCUUUGAGGAUUUUGACAUUACCAAUUGCUCGCAUACGUUUCAUCUAUGUGUUACUCUUUCUCUUAGGAUUUCUCGUCACCAACUUGUAUGUCUCGAAGAUGGCCAGUUUUUUGACGGCCUCACCCACCGUUCCACAAAUCAGUACUAUCCAGGAUAUCAUAGACGCCAAACUGGGCGCCAUGAUAAUGGCCUAUGAAUAUGAAAUACUCAAGGAGUUUAAUUGGCCCAAACAGUUUAUGGAUCUGGUUGUCAAUGCCACUAAACCGGUUAUGGAUAAGCACAGGGAUCGCCUUAACACUUCGUAUGGCUAUGCCACGCAAACAGAUCGCUGGGUCUUUGCCAAUAGGCAACAGCGGUAUAUGAAGAAACCCAUAUUUCGACUUUCGGACACAUGCAUCGGCCCCUAUUACCAUGUUUAUCCAAUGUUGAGGGAUUCACAUUUGGCUCAACCUUUGGAGGCCUUUAUAGUGAGAUCCCUCGAAGCUGGUCUAAUACUUCAUUGGGAACGUGAGGCUUUCCAAGAUGCUUUGUAUUUGGGCUACAUGCGAAUGAUACCGGAAAAUUGUAGUAUAAUGGCUUUAAAAUUGGAUUUCUUUCGUUCCAUAUGGUAUUUAUGGUGGUUUGGCUUGAUACUGGGUAGUCUGGUAUUUUAUUUGGAGGUAAAACGGGUCACCUGGUGGAAAAUUAAAAAAUAUUCUCGCAAACUUUGUGAUAAAAUUCUUGAAUUAUAA